GUUGUUCAAACUAAUUUUGCAUUCGUGAGUUGCUACUGCUACAUGCCAAAAUGAGAUGUUCUCUAUUUGUUCUUCUCGGAGUCUGUCUCUACAGUACAUCUGCAUAUGACUUCAACUAUCCGAGCAAGCCUGAAAUCAAUGUGACUUGUGAUAAUAGCGAGGAGCAGAACUAUGUCAGGCUUGGUGAGAAGUACUACUUCCGAGGUCCAUCAAAGGUGAACUGGUUCGAAGCCGCACACAUAUGCCGAAAGUUUGGUGGAGAUCUGGCCUUGAUCGAAUCAGAAGACGAGAUGGCUGUUAUUUCCAACUAUCUUGAGAGUCAGGACAAGGACGGGUGGUACUGGAUAUCGGGCAACGAUCUUGUCACAGUUCACAAGUUCAUGUCAAUAGCUGACGGAUUGCCACUGAAAUUUACAUCCUGGUCCGCGGGUCAGCCCGAUUUUCCUGGUAAAGAGCAGUGCAUGCACUUGUGGUUCAGAGACUCUGCUUUCCGAAUGAAUAACUGGAAGUGCACCGAAAAAGCAAAGUACCUGUGCCAGAGACAGAACUAUACACGCUGUAGCGACAGUUGCUAGACUCAGUCGAAAAGUCUAUAUACCCGUUUUAAAAUAAACUUGCAAUGAAGUUAAAGAAAUGUA